AUGUCUAGCUCUAGCCCCCCCGCGAAACAGUCCCUCUUCACCAACACGCCAUGGCUUCCACCGGAGGAGGCCGAAUCCCCCUUGAGCCCCGUGGGCGGAAAUAUCUUCGGGCGCAAUGUCGAGAUCGAGGACAUCUUUCGGGCAGAAAGGGCGCAGCGCGAGAGGAGGGCCGCGAAGGCCAAAGCCCGCCGCGAGGCCCAAGCGACUGGGCACCACAGCCAGUCGCCCGACGCGAAGAGACCCCGGAGCUCAGGACAGGAAUCGAAGGGGGCGACUGAGCUGGACAGUGACGAGGUGGAGCACAACUUGAACAAGAAGAAGGCGGCGGUGAAGAAGGAGACCAAGGACAAGGGCAAAGCGCGAGACGAUCAACCUGCGCCGAGCAGCACACCAACGAAACGGAAGUCCUCGAAGGAUGUGGUGCACUCGUCCUCGAAAACCAAGUCGUCGUCUUCCCGGCGCAGAUCGCAUAGGAAGAGUCACCACCACAGGAAAUCUCACGGUGGUGGGAAGUCCGAGGCCGUGUCCGGGGUCAGCGACGACGACGAGGUGAUUAUCGUCACGCCUACAAAGUCGAGCGAAGCAGGUCCGGACAUCUCACAAUUAGAUGCCCUUCUGGCUGAAAUUGAAUCGGAAGAGGAGGAUGAUGAAUACAUCCGCUCGUUGAAGCAGAAGGCACGCGAAGAGGCUCAGCUGGAGCGGCAGCGCACUCAAUCCGUUUCGAGACCGGGCAUACCGUCUGCCGAAGAGCCUUCGACCACGACCCUUGAGAACACCGACCCACAGCAUGACCAUCGGCCAUCUCCUCCCAACUUUGUCCCAGAUCUUGGUGUGUCACACAGACAAGAAAUCGAUCACACGGUCAAGCUUCUGAUCACUUCCGAGAUCCCCAAUACCAAGCCCCUCAUCGUUACGCGCAAGGCGUCGCAGCCUCUGAAACAAGUCAAAGAGUAUUGGUGCCAGAGAAACAAUCUGGAGGAAUCCGUUGCCAGGCAGGUCUUCUUCCUCUUCAGGGGGACGCCAGUGUUCGACACGACGACGACGCGUAAUUUCAUCCACUAUGCAAGGAGAGAUCAACAACGUUUCAAGGAUCAGCAAUCCCGGCAGCGACAUUUGGGCGUGGACGUCGAGGACGAACAUGGAUCCACCCCCGGCAGCGCUCAGGAUCCGGAUGUAGUGUGUCUGACGCUCGAAGCCGUGACGCAGAUUAAGGACCAAAAAUUGCACGACCAAGAGCCUCAUCCAAUCGAGAAGGCAGCCGCCGACAGCGACAGAGAAGGCGAGAUCAUGAUCCGUCUGGUAAACCGCGAUAUGCCGGAGGUGGUCCUCCAAGUGCAGCCGCACACGACCAUGCGCGAGAUCAUGCGCGCGUACGCGAAGGAGAACCAAUUGGACCGGGAGCGGCGGACGCCGUGGUUGAUUUUCGACGGCAUAAGGCUGGACGAAGACAAGACGGUCGAGCAAGUGGGGCUGGAACACGACGAGCAAGUCGACGUUAGCAUCCGUUCAGCGAGCAAUCAGUUUGACUGGCUGCUUAACCAAACAGAACGUUGA